AUGUGUAACCAAGAAUACAUAGAUGACUUGAAACCCCCAUUUUUAUAGAAGCUAUUCAGCAUGUGCUCCAAUUUUAGCGAUUAAGAAUACCAAAGGCAUCCUCCAAAGCUAGAAAAAUGGAAUUCAUACAUAGAGCCUGAACUAGUUCCUGAAAAAUAACACAUCGCUUAUGGGGAAACAAAUAACAUACACGAUGAAAGCCCAAAUGUAGACGAAAACCUACAAGAGUAGAAAGAAGAAAUUAAAUAGGAAGAAUUCUAGCCUUGCAGUUGCUAAAAGACUCAUUGCUUAAAGAUGUAUUGUUCUUGUUUCCACAAUGGGAGAUUUUGUGGGAAAUCAUGUAGAUGUGAAGAAUGUGAAAAUACGGAAGAAUUUAAAAUGAAAAGAAUGCAGGCUGUGGAUUAUGUAAAGAAGAAGGCUCACAGAAAUAAGAAGGUUCCAAAAGAAAAAAUAUUUGAGACGGUUGAAAUCUGGGGAUGUAAUUGCUCCAAGACAAGAUGUGUGAAGAAAUAUUGUGAAUGUUUUAUCAGGGGGAAAAAAUGUACUGUUGAGUGUAAUUGUGAUCAUUGUGACAAUGGGAAGGAUGAAGACCUUUUUAAUGAAAUCAAAAAGUAGAAUGAAAAGCCUAAAACCCAAAAAAGGAUAAGAAAAGAAAGACAACCCUUGUAAUGA